AUGGCUCAUGGCGAGCCUCACCAGGUUGACACUGUCAUCGUCGGAAACGGCCCUUCCGCCUUGAUUCUCUCCUACAUGCUCCAUGGACACAUUCCCUACUAUGAUACAUCCAGUCCACAUCCUGAUGCCAUCCUCCAUGGGAAGCUGCUCGGGUUGGAACACGAUCUCCUUGAUGUCGAUGUCGACUACUUGACGGACCAUUUUGCGGGUUCGCGGUUUUCCUACUCAACACAAGCCUUGCCCAUCAACGUCUUGCUCGACACAUUAGUGAGGCCCUUGGGGGAAACGGACGACGCGGAGAAAAAGACAUGUGUCAGGUGGGCAUACGAGCCUUCGCGCGCAGUCUCUCAUAUGGUCAUUGGACAGACUCACAGUACGGGUGGCCAGUGGGUAGAUAACCCUGUCCGUGCCAGUUGGGACAUUGGAACCCUCAGUUAUGCCGGAAUGAUCUCCCUUCCAGGCUACGGGUUUGAUAAACACUACCAAAGACGAAAUGGCUGUCCCAUGCCCGUCUAUCUCAGGCCAUCCCGACACGCUGUGGCCGACUAUCUCGCCGAAUAUCCUUACCAGGUGGGUAUCGCCGACUCGAUCCAUAACGGGGAGCAUGUCGGGGGCGUUUCUCGUCGAGGAGAUGGGUUCUAUAUCGCGUCGCAUAAUCUCCGGUGCAGCCAUCUCGUCCUGGCGUCUGGCAUUUUCAGCGAGCUCAUCCAACCACGCCCUCUCCUCCGUCCACUCAUCGAAAUUCUUGCCAAACAGCCGGGACCGUCUCCGCACCCCCUUCUUGUCAUUGGCUCCGGCUUCAGCGCUGCUGAUGUGAUUAUUUCGAGCCCGCCAGACCAAAAGAUCAUUCACAUAUACAAGUGGGCACCGUCGACCUCACCCUCUCCCUUGCGUGCGUGCCACCAGCAAGCUUAUCCGGAAUAUGCAGGUGUGUACCGGCGGAUGAAACUUGCCGCCAAUACUUCCUCCAAGCCCAAGGACAGACGCCCGAGAUAUCGUCGCGUCAUGUCUGAAUUCGAUUCGAUUCGCGACUGGAACGCGACAUACGAGGGAUUGCCGAAUACUGAAGUUGUCGGUGUUCAAGUCACUGGUGACGGACUCGCCGCGACUGUCACCUUUCAAAACGCCAGCAAGAGCGAACCGCCCUUUCAGCGCCUCGUGAGUGGUCUGGAAUACGUGGUCGGAAGACGAGGCUCGCUCGGUUAUCUCUCACCAACCCUUCUUCGGGAAGUAAUGCCCAAGGAAGGGGACGGGAUACGCAAUGCAAGUGCUGGUCUCAUAUCAGCUCAGACACUGCGGGAGAAAGCGAAUGAAGACCUCGAAGUUGCGCCGCGUGUUUUCAUCACCGGCAGUCUGACUGGGGACUCGUUGAUUCGCUUUGCGUACGGGGGAUGUGCCUACGCUGCAGGGAAGAUAAUGCGGGACGAAUCCAACAGAGGCAAGGUCAGGGAUGAGUUGACCAAGCUGAGGAGCAACGGGGCGGUCAAGGUUUGUUUCAGUCAGUACCAGACGCCGACCUCGUCGCCCAGGAUUCCCGCCAUGAACGGUCUGGAUGGGCAUGAGUCGAGUCCUGUGAGCUUAGCGGAAAGGACUACGACGUCGUUGGACCGACGCACAGAAUGA